CAUUAUUGUAUACACCAAUGUAAUUUCUUCACUACCGUAUUGCAUAAUAUUGCUGACAACGCAUUAGACUGAAAGCCUACUUAUAUCCCUACGUAGACUAUUAAUAUUAUUAUUCAUUUCUGAUACAGUCUGGCAUUCGAUAUACAAUUAGACAGUGAAUUUAGUUGAAAUUUUCAUCAUGAAGUAUUUAUUGUGUUUUGCUUUAGUUUGUGCCGUGGCAAUAGCCAAACCAAUGGACGAAGUCGAAAAACCAGAACAACUAUCUACGAAGCUUAACACCAAUAACGAGACUGUAAUAUCGAUCCACAGAGUUGAGCGUGAUGAUAAAAUAUCUCCAAUAGUUCCGGUUUCUUCCGAAUCAAACGAGAAUAAUGAUUCAAAAACUGACGGAACAAAAUCUGCAGAUGAGAAGCAAAGACUUUCAUAUGAUUCAACUAUCAAUCAGGUUAAUCCAUCUGCGUUCUCGUCUCAAUUAACCAGCAUCCAUAACACCGAUUUAAGUUAUCCAGUAAGCUCGGAAAAUGAGCAAUACAAAUCGGUUGGUCCUGCGUAUCCUUCAGAAAGAUCCUUUGGCCCAUUAGAGUUUCCGGGAUUAGCAUCUUCUUCGUAUCCAUCAUUUACGUCAUACGGGUUAAGGCCGGGAUCAUAUGGAUAUGGAGGGUCAAACGGAUUAGCGGGAUCGUAUUAUGGAUUGUCUGGAUCAUAUGGGUUAUCAGAAUCAUCUGGYUCAAACUCAGCWAUUCCAACAUCUUAUUCCAGUUCUAUCCCUUGUCAAGGUGGCAUCGCCCAACAAAUAAUUCAUAAGCCUGUCGUUACAGAAUUACAAGAAGUUAUUCACAAACCAAUAAUUACAGAAGUACAAGAAAUUGUAAAUAAACCCGUUAUCUCGGAAUUMCAACAAGUCAUACAUAAACCACUCUUCACUGAACAUAUUGGUCUCGGUCCAUCGUAUCACGGAUAUCAAAAACACACCGUUAACCAACCUAUCUACCAUAAGCCCACUAAACAUUUUGUUCGUCAUCCAGUAUAUCAUGCGGCAACCAUUCACUUAGCCGAUGAAUAUGAACAGCAUGUCAGUAAUGGUAACAGUGUUUGUGAAUCAGACACRGGUCCUUCAUACGGUUUUUCGGGAUCGUCGUAUCCUAUUGGAUACGGGCCAGGAAUCAACGUUGGACAACCAGGUGGACAGUACAAAUCAGUAGAGUCCAGAAAUAGUGUUGCACCUUAUGAACCAGUUUAUUCAUCGGGUUUAUCUACAUCAGAUUCGUCGAGUUACUCAUCAUCACGUGCAUCAACUCCAUACGGUUUUCCUUCAAUGUCUUCCGCUACAGAUUUAUACAGAUACGCCGCUCCCGGUUCAGUUGGAUACUCUCCACCAACUUCUUCAUUUAAAUAUUCAUCGUCAUUGCCGGCAUACAAUGAAUUAGGAUCAACGAAUCGUGGAACACCUUAUGAACAACAGAUUGCCACUUUCAAUACUGGUAAUAAUGGACCCUUCAGAAGUAUUAUGGGAAGUUCACAACCUAAAGCUGCAGAACAGAUUAUUUACGAUAAGUUCUCACCAUAUACACAAAAAUUAAAUGACAACCAACAAUAUUAUGAUAACCUUCAGUUUCAACAACGAUUCUCAGAAUCUCAACAACAAAUGGGAAGGAGCAACGAAGACCCAAAACAAAUAAAAAUGGAUGUGGACGCUAUCGCCAAACAAAUUGAGAAAAACCCUGAAAUGAGGAGACAACUAUUAAAAAUUAUAACAGAGAGUAUUUACGUUGGCGACCAAAUGACACAAUCCAAUAAGAAACAACAAGAUACGAAAAUGCAAUCGUUUCCAYUAAUAUAA